AUGAACGCCUACAAGCACUUCAAGGCCGGCAACUUGACCCUCCCCAAGGGCAUGGUGCCCAAGGGUCCAUCGAGGAUGAAGUCCUACUACACGGGCGGCUUUGAGUCGGAGAUGACCCGCGCCGAAGCCGCUCUCAUCCUCAGUGUCCGACAAGGCGCCUCGAAGGAGAAGAUCAAGAUGGCCCACAGGCGGAUCAUGUUGGCGAACCAUCCCGACAAUGGAGGCAGCGACUACGUGGCGUCGAAGGUGAACGAAGCCAAGGACCUGCUGCUCAAGGAUCUCGGCGACGACUGA